AAAAAAAUGCCCAUGGUAUGUUUUAAAUAGAUAGUGGUAACUAGUAAGUUUUUAAGCAGUUUCAUCCAUUAGGUCUUUAAUCAUCAACAUCCUUUCAAUAGCACUUGAAAUUCCGCCACAGAAAUGUCGACAUUUUGGGGAGAAGAAGUCCUCCCAGAGAGAAGUUUCAUGCUUUUUGAAGAUGAACCUAAAGGAAGGCUUCGUAUAACCCUGGCAACUUUGGGGAAGUGUCCCAGUGAACACGAACGGAUGAUGUUGGAAGCAGCUAUAGAAAAGGCUCGCAAUGAAAACAAUUUGAUGUUGCAGGCAAAUAUGGUAAAGGCUCGCAAUGAAAGUUUAAACAGGUGUAACGUUCUGUGUCGUGUAGAGUUCGGGCCUUCAGUUAUCUUAUGCUCGUUGACGGCGGGAACAAAUGAGUCCUGUGAGCUGGAUUUGGACUUCGAUGAGGAUAUGGAAGUUAUUUUUUCUGUUGAUGGUCCUCAUAGUGUGCAUCUUACUGGGUACUACCGCGACAAGCGUAAACCUAGUGAAGAUGGUAAGCGAUUUUGUUUGAUUUUUUAUUAUGCAUCUGAUCGAAGUUCAGUAUUUAUUUACUUACACAUUAUUCAGGUAAGUGCUGCAGCUGCUGCUGCUGUAUUCAAUGAACAUAUCUGAUGCGCAAAACCUAGCAGUCUUGUAAUAUAUGGGGCACAUCUCUGGUUUUCAUGUAGCAACAAGAGAUCUGCUCAAAGACUUGGAUAUCCACAUACUACUGAGUACUGAGAAAUUGUUACAACUUUAUUAUUUAAUCUAACAAUUAGCUUCUUCCGAAAUGGCGUAUAUUGUUCUUACUGGUUCGAGGACUAGCAGUUAAAACUGAAUGGUGUGUCUAUUGAUAUUUUGUAGAAAGAUAUUGUGCAAUCUUUGAA